AUGAGUGAAUAAUAAACACCUAAUCGAGGCAGAUUUUUAUCACCAUAACCAUAAAAUUAACAAUCAAGAGUUAAUUCUGAGAGUCAUAUAGUCAUUCCGAAUGACAAGAUGAAGAGAUCUAGUGCAGGAGGAUCAAGCGUAAGAGUGAUUAACUCAGUAAAGAAUAAUGAUAAUCCUUUAGCCUCCUGUUGCUAUGACAUAAUCGGCUGUAGUAAAUCAAUUAGAAUACUUCUAAAUGCCUAAUGGAUCGAUAUAGCCAAUGAUAACAUCAAAGAUAGUUCCCACUCUUGUUAGACCUUAGUAAAGUAAGGAUUAUAAAAUAAUUGUUAGCCAUUAUCAUAAAGUAAGAUGGGGAUGGAUCUGAUUUGGACAAACUUAAUUAACUGCGUAUAGAGGUUGAAUAAUGGAAGGCAAGAUUCUUUGCUCUCUAAAUUACAAGCGGCGGCUCAGGAUUGGAAGAGUUAGUAAUUAAUGUAAAUAAAAUUUUUAGACUGGAAUGUAUGAGAUGAGGUUAAAAUUACUAUCAGAUGAAAACGGGAAGUUGUUAGCAUUGAUUAAACAGCUUAUCAAUGAAAAUGAAUAGAAAGACUUAGCAAUUGCAUAAAGAGAUAAUAAAAUUUAUUAACUUGAAUUAAACUAACAUGAACAUGAUGCACUCUAAGAAUUGCUUAAGAAAAAACAAGAUGAAAACUUAGAAGUAAUAUUUAUUUGAAUUUUCAGUUAAGAGGAAAACUAUAGGGAUUGGAAGAACUUUUAAUAGAUGCAAGAAAAUAAGAAAUUGAAAAUUUUGAAUUAUAAAGUAAGAUCAAGAACCUAGAGAAUGAACUGGCUAUGUGGAAAGAUAAAUUCAAGUUGUCUGAAGAAGAUAGAAACAGAUUGCUAUAGGAAUUAAGAGAGUUGUUGGAAAGAAUGAAUCAAUUAAACUUGGAUACUGUUAAGAGAGGUCAAUUAUCUACUAUGGAUCUGUUGGAGGAUGAGAAUAAGAAGUUGAGAGAUUAAAUUAAUUAAAUAUUAAAUGAUCUAGAUUAAUGGAGAAAGAAGGCUUUGACAUUAGAAUUAUAAGUCUUUGAUCUUCAGGUUCAAGUCACUGAUUAAGAUAAUAAUAAUAAGUUAUUGGUAAAGGAAAUUGAGAGAUUGAAUCAAUAACUAGCAUCUAAACAAUAAGAAAUAGAAAGAUUAAAGACUAAGUAAUUAAACAAUAAUAAGUUAGUCUCUAAUAAGCUGAAGAUCAUAUUAAAGAAUUGCAAGGAUUGAAACAAUAAAUUUAAGAGAAACAAAGAGUCAUUGAUGAAUUAAAAAGGAAAAAUGAUGAAUAAGCCAAAUAACUUUUAGAGAAUGAGAAGCUGAAAAAGCAAUUGGAUCAGAUUAGAGGUUACAAUACAGAUUUGCAAAAGUAAAAUGGUGUUUUGAAUUAUUAAAUUGAUCAAUUAAAUAGAACACUUGAUAAUAAGUAGUAAGCCUAUGAUAAAUUAAAUAAUAAAUUAAAGUUUGUUGAAAACGAUAACAACACUUUAAGAUAAUAAGUUUUGGAAAUCAAUGAAUUGUAAAUUGAGAAAUAAAGUUUAUUAUCAGAAUUGUCAUCAUUAGAUAAGGAACUCAAAUUAAAGAGUGAACAAUUAGCUAAUGUUGAAAAAGAAUUAUAGAAUUUAUAAGAAAAACUACAACAAUUGAGAAUAAUUGAAUUAGAAUUAAAUAGAGCCAAGUCCUAAAUAGACAUGAAGGACAGAGACAUUGCUGAAUUGAGAAAGUAAAUUAAAGAUUUGACUGUCAAGAACUUUGAGUUAGAAUAAAGAUUGAAAGAAUUGAUAUCUAAAGAAACAGAGUAUUUAAAGAUUUUCUAAUAAUGCGAAACUUAUAAAUCCUUAAAUGAUCAACUUAACUUAUAAUUGGCUUAAUUAGAGGCAGAAAACCAAUAAUUGUAGUCCUAAGUUGAUGGAUUAGCAGAAUUACAAAGUUAACUAAAAGUAUUACAAUAGAAGUAUGAAUAAACACUUAAAAUUAAUUCUGAUUUAAGUUCAAGAAAUUAAUAAUUAUAAUAAUAAUUAUAGAAUAUCUAAUAAUAGAAGAAUGUUAAUAAUUUAAGAGAUAAUUAAAUUAAUAUUGAAUUAUAAAGAAAUAAUACUUUGUUAAAUUAAAAAUCAUAGUAAAUUGAAGAUUUGAGAUUGAAAUUAGCAAAAGCUGAAUAAUAAAUUGAUACUCUCAAUAAUUAAUUGUAAAAUAAACAAUAAGAAUUAGAUAACUAAAUUGUCUUGAAUGCAAAAUUAUAAGAUAGAAUCAAAGAAUUGGAAUCUGAAUUACUCAAUCUCAAGAAAACAGUUCAAAGUUUGCAAGAUUAAAAUACUUCUCUAAAAAACGAUCAUCAUCUAUAACUCUAAGAAUUGAGAGAAGAAAUUCUCCGUAAAUAGGAGGAAAUCAAGGCUCUUUAAAAAUUAGCUGAUUAAUACAAAGAAAAGUAUUUAGAAAAUGAUCGCUAAUUAGCUGAUUUGAAGGGGCUUGAAAGAAAAUUAAAUGACAUCACAAUCUAAAAGAAUUAGUUGGCUGAUUUAAAUACAGCUUAUUAAGAUUAAAUAAGCAAAUUGCAAAGUGAGAAUAGAUCAUUAUAAAUUAAGAUUCAAGAAACACAUUUAUUUGAAGAUUAGAACAAACAAUAUGAAGCAAUCAUUGAAAAACUAAAGGCAGAAAAUACAUUAAAGAGUAAGGAAAUUACUGAACUAAAUAUUUAAUUACCAACAUAUAUGUAGCAAGUUUCUGAUUUAGAGAAGAAAUUAUUAAGAACUGACCAAUAAUUCUAAAUUUAUAAGAAUGAGGUAGAGAGAUUGAGAUAAGAGAAAUAAAACUUAAUUAAGGAGAUUGAAGAGUUGAAGAGAAAGAAUAAAAAUUUAGAAUAGAAAGUGAAUGAAUUAAAUCAUUUAUAAGAACUGAUUCCCUAAUUAGAACAGAAAGCUAAUAGAUUAUAAAAUUAAGUAGAUAAACUAUCGAAAUAGAAUUUAGACUAUAAUGAUUAAAUAAAUCUUUAAAAUGAGUAAUUAAGUUAACAGGAAUUGCAAAUAAGAACCUUAUUUUAAGUAAAAUCAAAUUUAUAAUAAUUGGAAUCUAAUUACUCAUUAGUAGUCUAAUAAUUAAAUGACUAGAGACUACAAUCUGCAAAAUUGGAAUAGGCAUUUUUAAAUGAGUAGGAAUAACAUUAAAAGACUGCUGAUGAAUUAAAGAAAGCUACUAAGGAAUUGGAUCAAUUGAAAAAUAAAAUUGAAUAGUUAGAGAAGUAUAUAAAGGAAUUAGAAGGGAAAAUAAUAAAAGAUAGAAUAUUAGAAUAAGAAUUAAAGGAAGCAAUAGGUUUCAACCUUACUUUGGAUACAAAACUCAAUCAAGUAAGAUAAGAGAAUGAGUCCUUGAAAAAUGAGAUUACAUAAUUAAAAGAAGAAUUAGAGUAAUGGAAGGCUAAAUAUUUAUAGAAAGACAAUGAAGUUAAGACACUGUAAGUGUAUAAAGCAGAAGCCAUUUAGAUGAGAUUAAUAAAUGAUGAAUUAACAGAUAAUUUCAAUAAAUUAACAAAAUAAUUGAAAGCUAUAACUUUGGAAAAAUAAAUAAUGGAGGAGGAAUUACAACAUUAAAUUGCAGAUUAGAAAUAGAGAAUUGCAGAAUUAGAAUAAUUAGUAGCAUAAAUUGAACCAUUACAAACUUAGGUCAACGAUUUAUAACAAUUGGUAAAUAAAUUGUAAAAUGAAAAUAAAAUACUAGCCAAAAAAUUAGGAGAAGCUUAGACUAAAGUGAAAGAGCUUGAAAGUAAAAUAGAAGCAUAUGAAGUUAUGGAGAAGGAUUAUUAAAAAUUAUAGGCCAAUUAUGCUGAAAAGUAUAAAUUAAUUAAAAUAUUUAAUAGAGCUUAAGAUUUGAGAAUGACAAAAGAAGAUUUAGACAAGACUACUUUAUAAUUGGAUAAGGUGACUAAGGAGAAAGAGAAUCUAGAUAUGAGAAUAGCAAUGUUGGCUGCAGAAAUUGAGAGAUAAAAGCAUUUAAAUAAGAAUAAAUAAGAAAAAAUAGAUGAAUUAACUAAUUAGAAUACAGAUGUAAAAUUAUCUUAUGAUUUUUUAAUAGUUAUCAAAUGUUGUUGCUUAACUCGAGCCAUUAGAUCCUGAAAAUACAAGAUUAUCAGAGUAAAUUUAAGAAAUGAAGAAGAAGGCAGAUUAAGAUUAAUUAGAUCUGAUGAAGAAGGAUGAUGAAAUAAAUAAGUUGAAUAAUGAAGUUUAUGGAUUGUAAAAUAAAGUGGCAUUGCUUGGACCAGAAAUUGAGAGAGCUAAGCUAAAAUACAAUGGAGCUCAAAAUACAAUAAAGGAACUUGAAGAAAAAUUAUAAGAUUAUGAACAUUUAUAACAAGAAUUAGGAAAUUUGGAUAAUGCUUUAAAUUAAGCUGAAGAGAAGGUGUAAAAUUUAGAGAAAGAAAACAAUACUCUUCAUUAAACAUUGACUACUAAGUCGGAUGAAUUGAAUUAGGCUAAAGCCAAGUAUAAUAAAUUAUUAAAUUUAGUGUCAACGACCUUUAAAACUAGUUGAAUUUGUUGAAUGAAUAACUAAUUAAUUAAUAGUAAUUGGAGAAUGAAUUAUAAUAGAGGGAUCAUGAGAAUUAAUAGUUGAAAGAGAAGAUUGGGCAAUUAUAAUAAUAGAUAGAGCAACUAGAAUAGAUUAAGGUAAUUAAGAAUGUUGAUAAAAUUAGUACGAUAAUGAGGGUAAGAUCGCUAUGUUAGCAACUCAGAUCGAAGCCUUAAAAUACAAAUACUAAGUGGCUGAAAAUAAAUUAAAAGAAUAAGAGGAUAUAAUUGGAUAGUUGAAUGAUGAUUUGGAUAACUUUGACAAACAUAUUUAGGAGUUGGAAGGUGAAAAUCAAGACUUAAAGGAUAAAAUGUAACAGCAAUCUAUUAGGGCUUAUUGA